AUGGCAUAACAAAACAAGCCUUCAUCUUCUAUGUUAAAAUUUUAUUUGGCUUUGAAACAAAAUUCGAUAAUUUUUAAAUUCAACUUGAUUGUAUUGAGUUAAACUUGUUAAGAGAUGCAAAGAUCGUUUUCGGUGUUAAAGCUGAUUUCUAAGUUUCGUUGACACUAAAUAAAUUAUUUGGGUGUGCUUCCAAUUAACGUUUUGCUAGAAAGUCUUGUGUUCGUGUUGGCUUGGGUUGUUUCGUUCUCAAUCAGAUAAUAUCUGGUUUGCUCAAUAAAGAAGAAAGCAGCAGGUGUCAAGGUCAAUACUUCAGAGAAGAAAUCAAUAUCUGCCUGUGUGCAUCGUUAGCAAUCGUCUUAAGGGCAAUCAGCUGUGAAAACUGUGCAUCGAAUCUGAGUGCCAAACGUUCAUGGUAGUCUGUAACGAAAGAUGAAGCUUCAAACCGUCUUUGUGAUUCUCAACGUGUUUGUGUGUGGAUACAGCAUCAAAGAACGAUUUAACAACAUUCAUGAACUCAUCUAUGAAGAGUACGACGAGCCAGGAUACUUUCUAACCGGGUACUUUUCGGUUCAUUUUUUAAAUUCAUCCUCAGAAACCGGAUGCGGAAAAAUUGAUCCUGCCAGAGGACUUGCAUUGAUGGAAGCAAUGCGGUUCGCAAUUGAUUCGAUAAACCGAAACGAAUCGCUACUGUUCGGUGCCAAGAUCGGCUACCAACUUGUUGACACUUGCAAUAACCUAAACCGGAUAAAGCGUGAUAUGUGGUUCCGAUACUACCCUAGUUUUAACGACUUAGGAGUAGUCGGACCAGCAUCCUCAGAUGCAGCACUCUUGGCAGCUCCUGUUUUGACCGGCCUGGGUUUUCCCGUCAUUAGCUAUGCUGCUACAAGCGUAGAUUUGGCAGACCAGGUUGUGUACGACAAUUUUUAUCGUACGAUACCCCCGGAUACCUAUCAGUCAGCUGCUAUUGGAGACUUGUUGCAACACUUUAAUUGGACAUAUGUCUCUGCUGUGUACUCAAGGGGGAACUAUGGUCAACGCGGUAUGGAAAUUUUGCUAGAAGAAAUGGCUAAGCGAAGCAUCUGCGUGAGAACGAGAAACUUACUGCCCCGAAAGGUGAGAGAGGAUUAUAUUGAUAGCGUCAUUAAGAAGUUGUACGCAAGCCCAACCGCCAAUGUAGUAGUACUUUUUACAACGAUUGAAGACACUUCGGCGUUACUUCACGGCAUCAGAAGAGCUGGAAGACGUGCUGGCAAUAUCACAUUGGUUUCCAGUACAGCAUGGACACCAGGUUUUAGCUUCUUUUCUGGCUUGGAGGAAACUGCCAAAGGGUCUUUAAUACUGAGCUACAGCAACAUGAGAGUAACGGAUUUCGAAGACUAUUUCGUGCGUUUAACACCGAGAACAGCGAAUUAUACAUGGUUUCUAGAAUUCUGGCGAGAUGUGUUCAAAUGUGAUCCAGGGGCUAGGAAUGUUGGGAAAAUUUCCUAUCCGAAGUGCACGGGCAAAGAAUCGCUUAGAGGGGCAGGAUUUCAACUUAAUCACACCUUAUCAAAGACUGUUAUUACCGCAGUACAUAACUACGCUUGUAUUCUAAGACAAGUCAUUUUUAUGAAAUACUGCAAGGGUAAAAGUGGCCUCGAUCUUAAAGAAUGCGUUAGAAGAAACAAUUUCCCCUCCAAUUACUAUCCAAGAUUCGAUAUAUACAAAACUUUACUUAAAAAAAAGGUUGGCUGUCCGGAAUUUCCUUUCUCCUCUGAUUUUCUUGAUGAUAGAUCUGUCGACAGUGAGUUGGAGAUUCUCAACUUUGAUGGAAGAUCUUAUCAAAGAGUAGGGACAUGGAAGCGCGUUUAUUUGAACAAAACAGAAUUCAAAAUCUCCAACCAGGCGAUCAAGUGGAAGGACGAGGACACACACAUAGUGCCAAUAUCUUCAUGUACACUUCCUUGCAAAGCAGGUGAAGUUCGGAUGAAGGACAUAUUUCGUCCUAAUUGCUGCGUAUCAUGCAAGCCAUGUCCUGCUUUGAAUAUUGUCGUCAACAACAGUUGCAUUCCAUGUCAAUGGUCGCAGAACCCAAACUCAAACAAAGAUGGCUGUGUUGAAAUACCAAUGACCCAUUAUGGACUAAACAGUAGCCAUGGCACUGCAGUGCUUGUGUUAUCCACUGUCGGUACACUUCUUGCUGCAGCAUUGUUGUACUAUUGUUUCAUCCUCUACAAGCAACUUGGUUUCGCUUUCAAUACCCUCUGCCUCGAUACUUUUGCUCUGAUUAGUUGUGUAUUCAAUUUCGUGUGCUCAGUUGUUGCACUCAGAAAACCCUCAAUGUCGGCUUGUAAUUUAGAAUACCUGCUAUUCUCCUUCGCAAUAUCAUCAAGCCUAUCGAUUCUGCUCGUUGAUGCUUACCACAUCAAUCAGCUAUCAAUAUCAAGGCACAGAGGUCAUCAAAGUUUCGUCAUCAGAUCCUUGAAAUCGAAAGUCGUAUCUUGUGCUAGUCUCAUUGCUGCGAAAUAUCUUCUCAGCAUCAUAUGGCUAAUUGCAAGACCACUUGAGAUUCAAUUUCAUUUCACAAGCUCGAGGUCAAACAUUCUUGUCACGUGCAAGUCAGGCAUCAAAAGCUUUAUUUUUCAGAUUGUUCAUUGCCAGUUGUUCCUAAUCCUUAUAGCAUAUUAUGCCAACAAAGCUCGCAGGUUCAGCGCAGUUCGCGUAAAAGCCAUUGCGUUAUGCAGUUUCAGCGGUGUCGCAAGUUGCCUGGUUGCGAUUUUCAUUCCUACACUCCUUUGGGUUAAUACCUCUCAUGCCAUCACAGAAUCGGCACUUUCGAUGAUCGCCGCCAAUGCCACUGGUUGCAUUAUUCUAAUAAUCACUUUCAGCCAUAUGCUGGGCGGAUACUUAGAGAGGAGGCAAGUGAAAGCGUUUGCAGGUAACGAAAUACGUCAGCAAGAAGCGCUAUAAAGGCCGAUUUCCACUAGGCGAAUUCUUUCACGCGAAUCGAAUAAAUCAGCCUUUAGAGGGACAAUCAGAAGAUGUGUAAAUAUACAGGUAGAAAGGACACUUGAUGCUGCACACGUGGUCAAGCAUCCACAAACAUCUUAUACUCUUUCUGCUUUCAUGGUAAGCGAUCAUAGAUGCUAAAACAGCUUUUGAAUGAUGAGUACGUUUAGCUUUGAGAAGGGAAAAUGCAACAAGGAUAUUCCUUGAUAGAAGAUUGUAAAUCAUGCAAGGCUAGAAGUCGAAUGGUUGAUUGGCUGUUCUUAUUAACAUUGAUUGACAAUUUGCAACAAACAGAUGCCAUUCAUGUUGGUAGCUUAAACUCCAUAACCAGACAAGUUAAAAUUAUAGAACUGACAGGCAUAGAUGUCAAGCAAACAUGCCCGUAAGAAGGACAGGAACAGGCGUCCAAACACUUCGAGAUCCUAAUCACAAGAACUUUCAAACAUUCGUCAGACCUAUCAUAGAACAGGACAAGUAUGCCUAAAAUAUAUAUGAUAUAUAAAAUGUAUGCUCGAAAUAUAAAAGAGUGUUGUUAAAGAAUUCCUAAUUAGAUUAUUCUAAAAAACUCAGAUCGGCUGAUAUACUGCCCAAUAAUUACAUUCAUAAUUAUAAGUUUGUGACUUCUUUGAUGCGCAGGUAAUGUGUCUAGAAACAAAAUUGUACAUAAACAAAAUGGUAGAUGCAAGAAUCAGUUCUGAUUCGUGUUUCUAAACACUCCACUUCAAACACCUCGCCUCCAUUUUUCCAAAUUCUGUUAAUGAUAUUUUAGCUAUUUCUAUUACACAAACUUACUGCAUUUAGAAACAAAAUGGUACAUAGCCACUAUUGUUUCCAAACACUUUCUUCAAACAUUACAUUUUCAUUUUGACAAAGUCUGUUGGUGAUAUUUUCUCUAUAUCUAGCAUACACACCUAGUGUGUAUUGUAACAAAAUUGUACAUAAACAAAAUGGUAGAUACAAGUAACAUUUAUGUUUCCAAAUUCUCAACAACAACUUUACGUCAAAUGUUACAAGCGUCGGCUAAUGAAAUUUUUCCUACUCGUGCAUACUUGAAUUGACGAAUGAUUUCAUAUCGUGUGAUCACGUAACAUUGACCAAAAAUUUUCUUUGCACGGGUACUACAAGUAAGCGAUCAAACAGUUUCUCUUACGAAACAAUUGUGUUCAGCUUUUUAAUUGAAAUGAUUGAAAUUUGAUCACUCUAUUGAAUGAUUCCAACAAAUGUAGCCUAUUGCAUGUAGAAAUCGGUCAAUUUUGUGAAUAAGAAGACUAAAUAGUUGGAAAGAUGGUAUGGUAAACUCUUUUAAAACUACAGGUCUGGUAAACGAUACUUUUAGACAGGGUUGCCAGGCGCAUGCGUAAGUUUUAAGCCAAAUCGUUGUCAGAAAAAAGCCAAAAUAAGCCCAAUUUGUUCUGCUCCAAAAAAGCCAAUAAAAAGCCAAAAAAGCCAAUUAAAUAUCUAAGAAGCCAAAUUCAUUUAGUUUGGUGGAUUGCCUCGAGGACCGUAUCGUGUAAAUUCAAUCAAAAAAAUUUAGCCAGGGCGCAGACUGCAUUAUAUUGUUUUAAAAAUAUUAUUGUUACAAAAAAAGUUGAUUGAACGACGCUUUUUAAAUGAUGUCUUGUUGCUAUUAGAAAUAUUCCGGUGGAGGGGUGCAGG